AUGGAGAUGACGUCAGAAGGCUCUUUAAGGGACAGAGGGCGCCGCGAGAGGGGGGACAUGCUGACGUUGCGCGAUGACGAGACUACAGGGGAAGGGCAAGCGGAGAACAGGGAAGCGGGAAGGCAAGAGCGGGAGGGGGGAAGAGAGGAGGGAACGGAAGAAUCAGCGAGGGGGGAGGGGGAAGCGGAAGGGGAGCAUGCGGAAGAGGGGGAGGAGCGCGCGAACCGCGCUAGCCCGUCUAUGACGCCAGACACAGCGCUCCAUACGGUAGUCCGCGCGCGGGGGCGCGGGGCGGGCGAGGGUGUUGCGGCGCCUGGAGCGCUGCGCGCUGCCUCGGGGGGCGAGGGGGAGGCGCGCGGAGCGGAGGGCGCGGAGGAGACGCGCGGAGCGGAACGCGCGAAAAGAGGGAACUGCCGAUCCAACGGCCGCAACGACACGAGGUUCGAGCGAUACGCGUGGCGGCAGGGGGUGGAGCGGAGUGGGGAAGGGCGGGAGGGCUGGGGGGGAGUGGAGGAAGGGGAGGAGACGGAGGGGAAGGAGCGAUCGUGGUGUGAUGCACUACGGGGCGUGCGGCAUGGGAGCGGGGUUGGAUCUGCCACACCCGUGACACCCAAUGGAAUGAUGACACGUGUGGCAUACAUAGGGGACAGCAUGAUGCGCAACAUGUUUGAGAGCAUGGCGUGCAUGGUGCAUGCGCACCCCGUGUGCGGCGACAAUCCCGAGGUGGUGCGGGCGAAUGUGGUGGAGCGGAUCAUCCGAUGGGACACCUGCAACGUUACCCUCGCUAACCUCAGGAGCAACUUCCUCACGGAGAUCUCUUUCAAGGACCCCACGGACGAGUUCAAGGGCGCCACUCUGUACCUCUCUCGUCCCGACAAGCGGUGGAAGCAGCGGAUCAAGAACUAUGAUGUGUUUGUCAUCAACUCAGGCCACUGGUGGACACGUGGCAAGCUCGCAGAGCGCCACGUCAGCUUCUCCCCACCCCACAAAUCCCUUAACAUCCUCUCUGCCUUCCGCCGAGCCAUCCGCACCACUCUGCACCGCUUUGUAUCGCGCCAUAUGACCAACAAGACCGUCAUCAUCACCACCUCUUCCCCCAACCACUUCUCCCAUAAGCCCUCCACUCCCCAUUCUCGUGACCACUCAACUUACUCCCAGUCCUUUCAGAGUACCGCACUGAACUCCCUGGAAUCCCCACUUGGCCAAGACUCUGAUGCCUCUAGACACUUAGCUAAGCGCCGGAGAUUGCUUGCAACAAGCGGUGCAAAGAAGAAGCAUUCUAAGAGCAAAAAGAGCAAAUCCGUUAAGAAACGGGGGCAGUGCGAUGCGACGGAGCCUGUGGGGAGUGAGGAGGAGGCUUAUAACGAGUACGAGGAACAGUGGGAGCGAGUGGAGCGGUUGAAUGCAGUGGUGAGGGAGGAGGUGCAGGAGUAUCAGAGGAUUCAGAGGGAGAGAGAAGAGAAGAGGAGGAAGAGAGUAGGAGAGAGCGAGGCCGGGAGAAGGAGGAGAAAAUUACUGCAAGUGGCGGGCGAUGCAGCAGCAGCAGCGGAGGGGAUCAGCACAGGGCAAAUUGCACUAGCGAGCGUGAGCGGCUGCAGCCGGCAUCGGCACCUGGCGCUCUGGCGCGCACGUCUGCAGCUCCUGGUGGCGCACGGCUGCUGCUCCUGGCGGCCCACUGCUGCUACUUCUGGCGGCUCACUACUGCUACUCCUGGCGGCGCACGGCUUUCUCCUUCCUACUGAGGUGGCGGACGGAAGCAGCUGCAACUGGUACACAAGCACCUGGCGGCUGCUCCUGCACCUGGCGGCUGCUUCUGCAAACUUCUGCCAGCACCACCUGACUGGCGGCAGUAGCAUCACCGGUCGCUUGCAGCAGCUCCCCCUGACGCCCUGCAGCACCUGA